GAAGCGCGCCGGCAAUACACGGCAGUAUGGCUUCGGCUGCCGGCGGGUUCACGUUCUUAGUGUUUCUUCGUGGUGUCACGCCGCAUUCUCGGCCGCGAGUGUGCGUGUUUUCGUGAGUUUAUAUUUUGUGAGAGAAAUAAAGGAAAGAAAGAGAGAGAAAAGUCUCUAAUAAAGUUACGAGAGAGAAAGAUUAAGGUUAUUCGCGCGCGCGAGAGAAAGAAAGAGAGAGAGAAAGAGAGACAGACAGACAGACAGAUAGAGAUAGAGAUAGACACGACCACCCUUGAACAUGCGGCGAAACGUGAAAAUAGUGCUCCUUCUGUCAUGCGCCUGGAUGUUCGUCUUUGUUUACUAUUAUCACACAUCCAGAGAUACCAAGAACGAGAACAGAGCAUUGCGAUUGAAGGAACCCGCAUCCUUGGCCCUAUCCGCUGGAAAUGCCGGUGGUUACAUGGACCCAGAUGGUACUGCCAUUGCGAUGUCGUCCGAACUACAGCCUGCUCCUACACCCGAUCCAAGAGUCACUUGGAAUUACUUCGACGAGCAAGGGUACGUUUCGCGAGGUGGUCUGCGAGCUGGUGAGGAUCCAUACGCAAGAAAUAAAUUCAAUCAAGAAGCCUCCGAUGGUCUUCCAAGUAAUAGGGAUAUUCCUGAUACUCGUAGUGCUAUGUGUCGGAUGAAACAAUGGAGAAGAGAUCUUCCACCAACUUCUGUCAUAAUCACUUUUCAUAACGAGGCCAGAUCGACGUUGUUAAGAACCGUAGUCAGCGUACUCAAUAGAAGCCCUGAGCAUCUGAUCAAGGAGAUCAUAUUGGUCGAUGAUUUUAGCGAUCAUCCUGAAGACGGCGAAGAACUGUCAAGGAUUCACAAAAUACGAGUGAUCAGAAACGAAAAAAGAGAAGGUUUAAUGAGAUCGAGAGUUCGAGGCGCAGAUGCGGCCACUGCUAGCGUUUUAACGUUUCUAGACUCUCACUGCGAGUGCAAUGCUGAUUGGUUGCAACCCCUUUUAGAAAGAGUAGCAGAGGACCCAACGAGAGUUGUUUGUCCUGUAAUCGACGUUAUCAGCAUGGAUACGUUCCAAUAUAUCGGUGCAUCGGCAGAUUUGAGAGGAGGCUUCGAUUGGAGUUUGGUUUUCAAAUGGGAAUAUUUGAGCCAAGCUGAAAGACAAGCGCGACAAAAGGAUCCAACGCAAGCAAUCAGAACGCCUAUGAUAGCUGGUGGAUUAUUUGUCAUCAAUAAAGCUUAUUUCGAGAAACUUGGAAAAUAUGACACCCAAAUGGACGUCUGGGGUGGUGAAAAUCUUGAAAUAUCCUUCCGAGUAUGGCAAUGCGGUGGCAGUCUAGAAAUUAUUCCGUGUUCUCGAGUGGGCCAUGUCUUUAGAAAACGUCAUCCUUAUUCAUUUCCUGGUGGUAGUGGGAAUGUUUUCGCACGGAACACGAGACGUGCCGCUGAAGUAUGGAUGGAUGAAUAUAAACAAUUUUAUUAUAAUGCUGUACCUCUUGCACGGAACAUUCCUUAUGGAAAUAUUCAAGACAGAAUGGAACUGAAACGAGAGCUGGGCUGCAAGCCCUUUAUUUGGUAUUUGAAACACGUCUACCCCGAAUUGGUGAUCCCUACGAGCGAGGGUGGUCCAGGAGGAUCUCUGAAGCAAGGCACGGCUUGUCUGGAUAGCAUGGGCCAUUUGCUAGAUGGAAACGUUGGUUUAUAUCCCUGCCACGAUACCGGUGGCAAUCAAGAAUGGGGUCUCACCAAAGAUGGUCUGAUAAAGCAUCACGAUCUUUGUCUGACGUUACCACUUUACGCGAAAGGUACGACGCUCCUCAUGCAGGUUUGCGAUGGCAGCGAAAAUCAGAAGUGGCGACACUUGGAAGGUGGUCUCAUAAGGCACUCCAGGAUUCCCGUCUGCGUGGAUUCCAGAUAUCACGCUCAACGUGGAAUCACCGCGGAGAAAUGUGACUCUAACGCGGAAACGCAGAGGUGGCAUCUCUACAAUCACACUCACUAACUUCCAUCGUCCUCUCGAUGAGAACAAUCACCUUACUCGACCGCGUAAUAAUACGUUUCUCGUCUCACGAGCUCGCCGAAUCUUCCAAAGGAUCGAUUGUUUCGUUCGUUCGAUCGUUAAAACGAACGUGCGAAACGAAUUCGUCCCAGAGAGAAGGGAGAUUUCUUCUCCAUCUUUUCCUUCUUCUUCUUCUUCUUCUACUACUAUUUCUUCAUCAUCAUCUUCUUUGGGCCUAGAAAAAAUCGUCGUUCUUGAAACGAAUCACGGACCACAUUCUCGGUUUUUUUUUCUUGAACCAAUCGGUACGAUGACUCCGGAUUUUUUAUAUUAUAAAACGUGCUACAUGAUAUAAAAAACCAAAAAAAAAAAAACAAGAAAAGAAAA